AUGGCGAACUUCCUGGCGGGCAUAAUGGCACUCAGUGCGUUCAUUCUGAUAUGCCUCCUCGCCUUCUUUCUUGCGUGGAGAGGCGUGACACAGCUCGUGAUGAGGCAUGCAGUCCUGCAAGCAGAAAGCGCUUUCAACUCCUUCAAGCCAAACGUAAUCGUGGCGCCAGCCUACGGAGCCGUAGUGGCUCUUCAAAUGGAUAUUCCCAAAGUUCCCCUGGUGUUGUUAAGUCCGGCGCAGGACGUCUAUUACCGCUACAUGCAUUUGCGACCGCUCGUUUCUAUCGCCGAGUACCCCUACUGCAUUCUGAUCAGCGGCAGUAAAGACACUCAGGUCCCUCUUGAUGACGCUAUCCGUUUGGUCGAAACCGCAGAAUUCGGAAGAUGCAGGCUUGAGGUCGUUGACGAUGACCAUUCAUAUAGGACCCUCAAGGUUGAAGACUUCAGGACUUGGGUUGAGGAGGCCUUUCAAAAGGGCGCUGAGGUGGUUCGAAGUGAAGCCGCCAAGGGCAACAAAUACUUUGAUGCUUCGCUUUUCGAGCCUCAAGAAGUGACCCCCGUCGCUGCGCAAGAAGGCGAAGCGGCCACAUCCGUCUGA